GCACACCAGCACAACCACCACCCACCAACUCAACCAAGAUCACCAAUGGCCACUCGACGAUGGACUACUACUACUAGUCGGGCAUUCAAACCAUUCACCAGCCUCAACCGGACACUCACUCAUUCUGCGCAAAAGAAGAGUACUACUACCCUACCCAUCAGACGCUCCUCCUACAGCACCACUCAUCAUGGAUCCCCAGAAGAAACGAGGAUCUCAACACUGUCUAAUGGGCUCAGAGUCACAACCGAGUCUACACCUGGCCACUUCAUCGGCGCAGGCGUGUAUGUGGAUGCUGGAAGUCGUUACGAAAGUGCAUAUCUCAGAGGCUCAACUCAUCUGACUGACCGGAUGGCCUUCAAGAGCACUCAGAAUCGAACAACAGAAGAAAUCUCAUUAGAAAUCGAGCAAUUGGGUGGCUCAUUCUUCGCAUCCUCUGGUCGAGACACGGUCCUCUACCAAGCCACCUCUUACCCGGACUCUUUACCAUCCGUACUCUCAGUCCUAUCAGACACCGCAUUGAACCCACUCCUCAAAGACUCUGAACUGGCCGCCGAACAGGAAGCUGCAGAAUGGGAGGUCAACGAGAUCAACAAGAAACCCGAGUACAUGAUCCCUGAAAUCUUGCACGAGACCGCCUUCCCAAACAACACACUAGGUCUACCCUUAAUAUGUCCAAAGGAUAGGAUUCAUUCGAUCACCCCAGAAGUCUUAUGGUCCUAUCGCUCCAUGUUCUUCAAACCCGAAAGGAUCGUCGUUGCUGGUGUCGGGGUCGAUCACGAUUACUUCCUCUCACAUGUCGAACAAUACUUUGGGAACUUCAAAUCUGUCAAGCCCACCGUCCCUCUGAACACGAACUUUGGCCCAGCCAUCUCAUCAGCUACUGCCAAUGCUGCUACUGUGAUCGGAUCAAGUUUCACAAAUCCAUCGGCCGGCUCAAAAUCGUUACUCUCAAAAGCCUUUGCAACCACCACUAACGUCUCACCAGUCGAUCUGACAACUGGCCAAUCACUACAAUCCUUCGAAGAACUGAUCAGUGCCAAACCGGUCUAUAGAGGCGGCGAGGUUAGGAUCCCUGGGAAGACGGAGAGCAAUCUAGCACACAUCUAUAUCGGAUUCGAGGCACCCAGUGUUCACGAUGACGAUCUCUAUGCGAUCGCCUGCACACACAUCAUGCUUGGAGGGGGUUCCUCAUUCUCGGCUGGAGGGCCAGGCAAGGGGAUGUACUCGCGGCUGUACACCAACGUCCUCAACCCGCAUCCAGAGGUCGAUUUCUGUCAGGCCUUCCACCACACCUACGCCGAUGCCGGCUUGUUUGGGAUCGCGAUGGCCGUUGCGCCCGAGUUCGCUAGCCAUGUCCCUCAGAUCAUCGCCUCCCAACUCGACCUGAUCUCCCGCGACCAGUCCCGCGGCGGGAUCACUGAGGCCCAGCUAAGGAGAGCUAAGAACCAGCUCCGUAGUACGAUGAUGUACGGCUUGGAAAGUAGACUCUUACAGGUCGAGGAUCUCGGUCGGCAGGUCCAGACCGCUGGUCGAAAAAAACCAUGGGCCGAUGUGUGGGAGCGCAUCGAAUCCUUGACGAUCAAAGACAUCCAUCGGGCGAUCACCAAGAUCAUCCGGCCAGGAAGCUCGCGCCAAUCGUCCUCAGACGGCAAGAUGUUCUCAGGCGAGCCGACCAUCGUGGCCACGGGGAUGAUCGACCGACUAGGCGACAUCAAAGAGCUCUUCAGUCGAUACGGAAUCGGCCCGGCGCUCCCCCGCUCCAAUCGCUUCUGGUAAUCCUUCAUCUCGUUUCUCAUCCACUCUUUCACCAAAACACACACACACACACUUCCCCACUCCCCCCUCACAAACACACUUUUAAUCAGUCUCGUAUCUUUCUUUGCUCGUUUUGAUAGACAGAUCGAUCCUUCCUUCAAUCCAAUCUGCCCUCCCCUCCCCUCCCUCCUCAUGUCAUGUUAUUUUGAUGUUAUGUGUGCAAAUCCUGUCUGCGGCUUUCCUUUGGGUUUUCUUACUAUCAAUGGAAGUAGAGCUUUCUUUCUUUGGCUUUCGUAUUAGAUGUAUAUACAUCUGUUCUCUCUUGUGUACCAUCAGUUCCGGUUCUUUACUCCAAAAGCAAUAUAAUCAUCAAAGAUCAAAACCAUAAAGAAA